UGACGUAGUAGCAGGAAGUUUUAGUGCUGCUUGUAGCGCUGCUGACUCUGAGGGAAAAGUUGGGUUUCGGGGUGUGAGAGUCGGAGGAAGACGUGCUCGUUAUGGGGGGAGCGUCCAGCCAGCUGUCCAAACAGUUCCUGAACGAGUAUCAGGAGCUGACCUACCUGACAAAACAGGAAAUCCUGCUUGCUCAUAAAAGAUUCAGUGAAAUUAUACAGAAAGAAUACAGAAGCAACAUUGAAGCUGCCCGAGUCCCCAAGGAGAGGUUUCUCACUUUGCCUGAAUUAAAGGCAAACCCCUUUAAGCAUCGCAUUUGCCACGUCUUCUCUACCUCGGAACAAGCUGACGACAGCAUGUCCUUUGAAGACUUCCUUGACAUGCUGAGUGCUUUCAGUGACUCUGCUUCACUUGAAGUUAAGUCUCAUUACGCCUUCAGAAUCUUUGAUUUUGAUGGAGAUGGAGCCCUAAAUGAAAGCGAUCUAGAGACGCUGGUGAAUCAUCUGACAGGGGAAGAAGAGGACUCAAAACUAAGUAACAAUGAGAUGCGGCAGCUUAUUGCAAAUAUUCUUGACGAGUCCGACAUUGAUAAGGAUGGCACAAUAAACCACUCUGAAUUCCAGCAUGUCAUCUCCAGAUCUCCUGACUUUGUCAGCUCCUUCAAAAUUAUUCUAUGAGUCUUGCUGCAGUCUGUCUUCAAGUGAACAACAGGCUUAUUGCUGGAAUGAAGCUGUCAGCUGUGAUUACAAUUGGAAGUACUGUUCUGUGCCGGGCAGCUGGUGUGGUAAUCCCUCCGGUAGUAACAGGCUGACUGAUGAUGGUGCAUGUAACUACUGUUGGUCAUAUACCCUUCAGCGAUGUCUAUACACUGGGCAACCUGAAACCAUUUCUACAGAGGUGGCAUUGUACAACAUUACUUUUCAGUUUAAAGGGCAUCUGUCAGCAGAUGUGUCCCUAUGAAACUGACCUGUUACGUGUGCGCUUGGCAGCUGGAGGAAUCUGUGUUGGUCCCAUGUUCAUAUGUGCCCGCAUUGCUAAGAAACCUGUUUUAAUAUAGGUGCAACGAGGGCGUUGCUGUUACACCUAGAGGCUCUACUUUGUCUGCAGCUGCAGCUCUGCACUUUGACAGGUCCAGGCAGGUGUGAUCAAGUCUACACUGACUUGUCAAUCAAAGUGCAGAGGGCACAGCAGUUGCAGAGAGAGAAGAGCUUCUAGGUGUAACGGUAACGCUCCCGUUGCUCCUAGAGGCUCAUUAACAUACAUUAAAACUUUAUUUUUCUCAGCAAUGCAAACAAAUAUGAACAUGGGACCAACACAGACGUCUUCAGCUGCCAAGUGCACAUGUAACAGGUCAGCCAGUGUCAUAGGUACAAAUCUGCUGACAGCUGCCCUUUAAGAUAGAAUCUGUAGUCUUAGUCUACCCUUCACAUGUGUGUUUUUUUAGUAAAAUAUUUUAAAAUGUAUGCAUUUUAUGUAUUCAAAGAUCUAUGAAGUAUCUGUCCUCUUUUCUAUAGUGAUUAGAAAUAUUCAAUUAUUUUCUACUUUCACUAUGACUAUACGUAUUCCAGUUUUCCUGAAAAAUUCUAAUGUUGUAAAUGUUGCUGUUUUAUAGUGAUUGAAGAAAUGAUUUAUUAAUGGUUUUAUUUUUAUGUGUAACACACUGUAUCGCUUAUCGUUUAAAGUCCCCCCCCCCCCCCCCCCCCACACACAUACACCAAGAGACCUUUCAUGCAGCCCCCUCCUUCCACCAACAGAAUGGUCGGAGCUGAGGAGGUAAUCGUACUUACCGGCUCAUUCACUUCACUUCAAUAGCAGAUCUCGGGUCUCCCCAGCAUCAGGAUCCGCAGCAGUGACUGUUCCCUUAUGUAUCGUCUGACCCAGUGACUUUACGCAUGAGGGACAUGUCCCUGCUUCAGCCAAUCAUUGGCUGUAGCUGCCACGUGACCCACGUCAAACCAGAUGUUGAUGCAAGGAGACUCGAGAUCUGCGGUAGCGGCAGGGGAGUGAAGCCAGUGGCUGGGAUCAGUAGAAUGAUUUACCAUUUGUGCGAGUCUGACAGCACAAUGGCCUUUGUUCUAUCAGGCCAGCCCCUCGUGCCACACGUUAAAGGGUUGUACCCAUCUCACACAUUCAUGGCAUAUCACUAGGAUAUUCCAUCAAUAUCAGAUAAUGUCCCACCUCUGGGACCCACUCCUAUCUCCUGAACAGGGCCCUCAAAGUGAAGUAGAGCGCACGGCCUAUGUGCUGUCCAUUCACUUCUAUAAUAUUUCCAAAAGUUGCUGAGCGAGCGCGCCUGGCUUUUUUCGGAAGUACUAUGUUGGUGAAUUUAGAGAGCAUGCCUGGCCACCUUUCCAUUUACCACUAUUUUUCAGAAAUCCCAUAGCGGUGAGUGGAGGGUGGCUACACUUAUGGGAUGCGCUCUUUUUCACUCUGGGGGGGGGGGGGGGCUCAUUCUGGACAUAGGUGCUGUCCCAGCUCUUAUCUCAAGUUGAUGGCAUAUCCUAGGCAUUGGGAAUACCCCUUUUAAUCAGUGGAUGUUUUGGGUGUUAAUUUUUCAAUAAGCAGCAUGUUGUAGGUAUGAAUGUGUGUGUGUGUUUUUUUUUUUUUUUUUUUUUGUCAUUUCCUAUACUCCUUUUAUAGGGGAAAAAAAAAUCACAUGAAAUAUUGUGGCAAUUUUUAACAGGCACACAAAGUAUGUGCGAAGAAAGCUGUAGGGUUUUGCUUUUCAAUUUUAUAACAUUUCUCAACGGAAUCUAAUUAUUAGUACAACAUUUUUCUUUAAGUGUAACCCAUCUUAAAUGACUACUAUGUUUUAUCCUGAAUCUGUUUUUUUUUUUGUGGCAUUUUAAUAAUAUUAUUAAACUACCGUAUGUAAUGAUAUGACCUGUAAAUAUGCAAUAAAUGUGAAUUCUGCAUUAAAAGUUUA